AUGGACUGAUGUUCACAUGAUAAUUUGAAGGUGAAAAAUAAAAGAUGGAUGCUGUUCUACGAUGUAGACGUCGAGAGAUAUCUUUAACUUUAUCGCGUAGGUUUUCUCGGUUCAACCUUCGAGCAAAUAGCGGGAAAAAUCUUGUUCGACUAAUUGAAAAGCAAAAUGCUUCUUUGGUUAUUGUUCAAAGGAGAAAGAUUUCUGCGUGGGAACGAGGCAAAGCUGUGUGGAAACCUUCAGUGGCAUGUUUUGUGACUGGUUUAGCUGGUCUCGUUGGUUACUAUUUCUACCUGGUAAAGCAAAAAGAGUGGGAAAAGCAAGAGAAAGAGAAAAUAAAAGAAGCGAAAAAAGUGGAACUGGAUGAAAAAUAUAAGCCAAGAAUGGGUUUCUUUCAGGCUAUCGAUACAGAAGGUAGAACUGUAACAGACAGACAAUUACGUAAUAAGUGGCUUCUCGUCUAUUUUGGCUUCACAAACUGUCCAGACAUAUGCCCAGAAGUGCUGGAGAAUCUAUCAGACACUGUGGAUAACUGCAGCUCAGUGGUCAAACUGCAACCUGUCUUUAUUACUGUAGAUGCCUAUAGGGAUACACCUGAGAAAAUUGACAAGUAUUUGAAGGAUUUUCGAUCUGACUUCAUUGGGUUGACUGGGUCCAGUGAGCAGAUGAGCAAGCUGUUUGGAACCUUUGGAGUCUAUGCCAGAAGCAAUCCAGCAGAUGAUGACGGAGACUACAUUGUAGACCACACCAUCAUUACCUACCUGGUCUCUCCUGAUGGAAGAAUCAUGGAGAUGUUCACAAGGUACCAGGAACUGGAUAAAGUGAAAGAAUUGAUUUUGAAUCAUUUUAAUAACUACAAACCAGACAGCGAUGAUAAACCUUAUAGCGCUAAAUUUAGAUAAUACUUAAUGUUUUUAUCACAAAUGUUUCAAUUCAGAUUCUUGAAGUUUCCUAGUUUUCUAUGUUAUUUCGAAGUAACCAUGCUGGUGUGAAUAUCAUUACAAUGAAG